CCUUAAAAUGAGACAGAACAGAAUUGUAAACAAUCACCAAAACAUCAUUUUUCCUCUUACACAUAUGGCAGAUAGCGUGGUAGCGUUCCUUUUGGAACAUUUAUCACAAUUGUUGCAACACGAAGCUAAUUUGCUGUGUGGAGUGCAAGACAGAAUCAUAUCCCUCCGCAACGAACUCGAAAUCAUAAACGCAUACCUGAAAACUUCCUCUAGAGGGAACAGGAACAACAACAAAGAAAUAGAGCAAAAGGUUCUGAGUCAGAUCAGAGAUGUCGCUCAUGUAGCUGAGGAUGUCAUCGACACAUUCAUCGCCAACAUUGCCAUGUACAAGAAGAGAAACAUGCUGGGAAGAAUGCUUCACAGCGUCGACCAUGCAAAGUUGCUUCACGACGUAGCAGAGAAAAUUGACAAGAUCAAAACAACACUAAACGAGAUACACGAAAACAGGAUCAAAUACUAUCAAGAAAGCAGUGAUCAAUCAUCGUCAGCAAGAGAAGAGGAAGAGAGGAUACAAUCACUGCACAGAUUAAGAAGAAACGUCGAGGAGGAAAAUGUAGUUGGCUUUGUCCAUGAGUCUGAGGUAGUCAUCAAUAGACUCAUAGUGGAUGAUUCCUCUUCACCGCGUCUCAAAGUUGUUUCAAUCAUUGGUAUGGGUGGAUUGGGGAAGACAACCCUUGCAAGAAAGAUCUACAACAGUGAAGAGGUGAAGAACCACUUCGAUUGCCGUGCAUGGGUUUACGUUUCAAAUGAGUGUAGAUCACGAGAACUUUUGCUUGGACUUCUUCAAAAUUUGAUGCCCAACCAUAUUAAUAAUGAUUGUAGAAGCAGCAGCAGCAACAUCAAAAAGAAGGGUAAAAAGAAGCACAAGGAAGGUGUGAAUAAUUCUCAAGACAUCUCUAGCUUAAGUAAUGAUGAGCUGAAGAAAAAAGUUUGGGAAUGCUUCAAGUGGAAAAAGUAUUUGCUGGUUCUUGAUGACUUGUGGAAAAUACAAGAUUGGGAUGAGGUAAAAGAUGCUUUUCCUGAUGGAAACAGAGGAAGCAGAAUAUUGAUAACUAGUCGUUUGAAAGAAGUUGCCUCGCAUACUGGCCGAGAUCCUCCUUAUUGUCUUCAAUUUCUCACUGAAGAACACAGUUGGGAGCUCUUCUCCAAAAAAGUGUUUAGAGGAGAAAAGUACCCUUGUGAUCUUGAAUCUUUAGGUAAACAAAUAGUUAAAAGUUGUGGCGGUUUGCCACUCUCAAUCUUGGUGUUGGCAGGGCUUUUGGCAAAUAAGGAAAAGUCACACAGGGAAUGGUCGAAACUGCUGGGUCAUGUCAAUUGGUAUCUUACUCGAGACGAGACUCAAGUCAAGGAUAUAGUACUUAAACUCAGUUUCAACGACUUGCCUUCAAGAUUGAAACCAUGCUUUCUGUAUCUAGGGAUAUUUCCUGAAGAUUAUGAAAUAUGUGUAAGGCAAUUGUUGCAACUAUGGGUUGCUGAGGGAUUUAUUCAAGAAACGGGAAAUAGAGAUCCAAAUGAUGUUGCUGAAGACUACUUGUAUGAGCUCAUUGAUCGUAGUUUGAUCCAAGUAGCACAAGUGAAGGAUAGUGGAGGAGUAAAAACAUGUCGCAUCCAUGAUCUUCUUAGAGAUCUCUGCAUAUUAGAGAGCAAAGAGGACAAAAUCUUUCAAAUUUGUACAGAUAGCAAUAUUUUAAUCCCUACAAAACCUCGCAGAUUGUCGGUCCAUUCCACCAUGUCUCACUAUGUUUCUUCAAGCACCAACGAUCAUUCAUGUGUUCGUUCUUUGUUUUGCUCUGACCCGAAUUGCUUUGUGUAUAGCGACGAGUGGAAAUGGCUUACCAAAGGCUUCAAAUUGGUUCGUGUGUUGGAUCUCGAUGGAAAGUAUUGUUUUAAGAUUCCUUCAAACUUAGGAAAUUUUGUCCACUUGAGGUACUUAAGAAUAGACUCGCAUUAUAUUAGAAGUGUUCCGGAUUCUAUUUGCAGCCUUCAAAAUCUACAAACAUUAUACUUAGGACCUUCAAUCAGAGUCACCACAAUUUCUUUCCCCUGUGGAAUAACAAAGCUCAAGCAUAUAAGACAUUUGUAUACUUGUGGUCCUAUCAAGCUACGUGGUGAUUGUUCGGAAUCAAAUGGGGAUGCUAUGUGGAAUCUGCAAACCAUCUCUUCCAUUGUACUCGAUAAAAGAACAACAUAUCUCAUAGAGAAAGGAAGUUUCCCCAAACUAAGAAAAUUAUGCUUGCAAAUCUCCUCAAACUUUAAGGGCGAUGUGCCCAAAAUGUUGAUAAGCCUACAACAUUUGAGGCAUUUGAAUAAGCUAGAAAUCUACUUUCAGGUGAAAGAUUGGCCACACUCGCGAUGGGAGAUCAAUUGUAAGGCCGAGGAAGUGUUACAAAGUCUGAAACAUUUGCGACACCUAAGUAUACUAAAAAUUAGGAAUGCCCUCGACCUUUUUACUUGUGUGGCCAUGUUUCCUCCUAAUAUCACCAAGUUAACAUUGUCAUGCAUUAGUUGCUUGAAUGAUGACGGGAUAAAUGCUAUUGGAAAUCUUACCAAACUCCAAAUUUUGAUCUUAACAGGAGACAAUUGGUUUUUAGAUUUUUGGCCUUCAGAUUCACUGUUUGAUAUUAAUUGUAUUGAAGAUGGGUUCCCACAAUUGAAGGAGUUUCAGAUGGGAAAUUUGCCUGUUCGAAACUGGAAAUUAGCCAAUGGUUCGAUGUCACGCCUUCAAAUCCUUGUUAUUCAUCACUGUGAUAAGUUUGAUAGCUUGCCAAGUGAAUUGUGGUCUUUGACUACCUUAAGAAAAGUCUGUGUUCGGAAACCCUCCGAUGCAAUGGCUGCAAUGCUGCAAAAUUUGGAAGUUAAGAAUGGAUGUGAGCUCAUUGUAGAAUAAUUAGAAGUUAGAACUACUGCUUGUUUCAUUCAAGUUUAUAAGUUGUUAGCAAAACUUUCACAAUUUUUUGUGUCUCUCUCGUAGUCAAUGGUACAGCAGGUGUUAGUAAACUCUCCUAACAAAUUUUUCAAUGCAUUGGUUUCACA